CGAAUUUACAACUGAACUUCUCGAGUAUAUCGGGUCUAAGGGAUUUCAAUCCUUCCAAGAAAACUUUUAUCAUUAUUCAUGGAUUUCUAAGUAGUGGACAAACUGAAUGGAUAUCUGAUAUGUGCCAACAAAUCCUAUCUACGGUGGACGCAAACGUCAUAGUGGUAGAUUGGAAAAAGGGGGCAAACAUCCAUACUGGUUACUAUUAUGCUACAGUCAAUACUGAGGUGGUUGGAACCAUCCUCGCUCUUCUUGUAAGAAGUCUAGAACGUCAUCAGGGCGCCGAUAAAUCACAUUUUCACAUCAUUGGACACAGUCUGGGGGCCCAUGUUGCAGGAUUCUCAGGAAGUGCAUAUAAGAAAACAAGAUAUCAAAGAAUCACAGGUUUGGAUCCUGCAGGACUAUUUUUCAGAAAAAAAGGACGUGACGCGAGAUUAGAUGAAACUGAUGCCCAUUUUGUGGACGUGAUUCAUACUGAUGGUGGUAUUACCGGAUUUGGUUAUUUAAAUGCGAUGGGUCAUGUGGAUUUUUAUCCGAACGGCGGACAAUCCCAACCUGGAUGCUACCUUACGUGCAGCCACUCUCGAGCUUACGAAUACUUCACGGAAUCCAUCCUCUCAAAUGAAGCGUUCAGGGCUUGGGAAUGCGAGACUCUUGAUCAGUGUACAUCAUUGGAAGGAUUAAAUACAACCCAGCCACCGGACAACCGGAUGGGUUUCUAUGUUCAUAAUCCCAAGGAAAAUAAAAUGUAUUACCUGAGAACAAACAGAGAGGCACCCUUUAACAUCCCCCCGGAACCUUAA